AUGGAUGGACGUGAGCCAGAACGUAAUGUCGCUGGAAUAAAUUAUCUCGGCGCAACAUCAUUGACUGGAACUUUACUUACUCUAGCUCAACCAAACAUUACGAGCAUUGGCACAUUAUCUAGUUUGAAUCUCUUGGGUGCGGGUAUCACUCACACACAGAGUGCUGGAGGCAAUGUUGCUUCAUUUACUAACUCAGCAGCUGUAAGCACGCUCACCAUCGGUAUUGCAAGUGCUGGUGGUGCAUGCGAUAUUCGAUCAACUACUGCAAACGAUCUAUAUCUGGGUGCUAAUAAUACAAGAAGGCUCUCGAUUAAAAGUGGAGGUAAUGUCGAUAUCAAUACAUCUUCUCCAGGUUAUCAACUUGAUGUGAGCGGGUCUUUCAACUCCACCAGCUUUUACAUGAACGGAACAUUGAUCACAGCCUCGGCAACAGAUUUGAAUGGAGUAACGGGAUAUGGAACGUAUCUGAGUGGUAUCACUCCGGGCUCUGUCGCAGCGAGCAAAGCUAUGGUUACCAAUGCAAACUCAAUGAUUCAGUUCGGAUCCGGUAGCGCUACCACAAAUCAGAUCAAAUACUUUGCGAGCACGAGCUUGAGAGAUAGUAUUCGAGUCUAUCGUGUUGACGAUUCCAGUCCACUGACCAUUGCACUCAAUAACGCUACACCCAUUCCAAGUGCCUCGAUCGGUGAUAAAACUGUCGAGUGUCCAAGUGGAAACCUGCUCAAGACGACGUUUGCUGGAACUCAGUAUGCUAUCUGCGCGUCGGGCGAGACUGGUGUCUUGGUCAAUAGUAGCGAUUUGGACGUUACUGUAGAAUAUCUUGAUGAUUCCGUCGAUAUUUUGAAGCCACAUUUGACUGAUGGACCCACGUCCUGUGAACCUGUCGAGAAGCCCAUUUCGUUGACGCCUACCGCAUUCGCUUUGGUAACUGAUAAGAUACCGUCUAGCACGUCGAGAAUGCUCAAGGAAGAGGUCCACAUGGAAAUGGAGACAACGACGUGUGAAACCUGUCUCUCCACGCCUCGGCCGUGCAUCUUCCUCCACGGUUUGGGCAACCCCAACGAGGAGGCGGAGUUGCAGGACACAUCGGAGCUGACGAGUGGGAGGCUCGGUGAUAUUCACGGCCACGCCCCUUGCUGUUCCGAAAUCAAAUAUGCUAUCCUCAAUACUGUUGAUGCUGGUUGGAGGAACGACACACUUCACAAGAAGUUUUGCGAUUUUUCUCUCUCCAUGAGCAGCACCAGCAACGUUGAUGCUGGGAUCGUCGACAACACGGUCAUUGUGACGCACUCGAUGGGUGGCCUCGUGGUGGCUCACGCGCUCGCUAAGGGGGCAUGUAAGUUCAGUGAGACGACUUCGUGGGUGGCAAUUAGCGCUCCGAUGACAGGGAGUAUGGCUGCGGAUUUUAUCGUUGACUACUGCAAUCGCGAGGAGACCAUCGAUGUCGCUGUGGAGUUGCUCGAGUUAAUUGGUCAGUGCCCCGCGUCCAAGUCACGCAGAUCAACCACGUAUCAGGGCGGGAAACACAGCACUCCGCCUAUUGAUGCGGCAUUUGUAGCCGCUCAAGAAGCAUAUCGCGGUAAUGUGUCAGCAGCGAUGUGCAGCGACAGUUUUUUUGGACUUUUCUCGAUGACCCAAGUCUCGUAUAUUUUGGCAGGAACGGUGAUACCACACAAGUCGAAAAAGAAUGACGGUUUCGUCGAGUUUCAGAGCUGCUUGGGUGGUCUUGAUGAAAGCCAAUUCGGGAAUCACUACCUGGAUCGCUUCUACAGACCGCAGCUAAACCACGCAGAUACGGCAUUCAAAAACGGGGAUGGUCUGUUCAAAGACUCAAAGAAACCCAAUAAGUGGUUCGAGUGUCUUGAGCUGUAG